AUGGUUCCAUCCCCAGAUGUCACCUGCUUCCAGGGGUUCUUCAGUUACCCAGAUAUGCAGCCCAUUCUCCGCCACUUCUGUGUGUACCACCUGAACGCACCAGGACAGGAGGAAGGGGCCAUGACACUCAAACCAGAACACGAUGUGGUAGGAAACCCAGACUCCCUUGGUAGCAGGUUUGUUUACCCUACAAUGGAUCAGCUGGCUGAGGCAGUGCACCAUGUUGUUGAACAUUUUGGAAUGAAGACUUUCAUUGGAUUUGGAGUUGGCGCUGGUGCUAACAUCUUGUCCAGAUACGAGCUCUGUCAUCAUGAUAAGGUAGACUCCCUUGUCUUAGUGAACCCAACUGCCAGCAAGAGUGGCUGGAUUGAGUGGGGGUACCAAAAGAUGAACUCAUGGUACCUGUUUAGUGGACAGCUGACCUCCUUCACUGAGGAAUACCUGCUCUGGCACUGGUUUGGCAAGAAAACCAGAUGGACCAACCAUGAUUUGAUCCACACCUACAGCGAGUACAUUAAGACCAUCAAUGCCCAGAACUUGGGGCUGUUCAUUGAAACCUAUCUCAAGCGUACAGAUCUGUGUAUCAUAAGAGAGAUGGACCCUAUGAGGAAAAUUUCUGCCAGAACUGUUCGUUGCCGGUCUCUGAUCCUUGUUGGUGAUGAUUCCCCACACAUGGAGGAUGUGGUAGAGAUGAAUGGCAGGAUGUUACCUGAGGAGACUGACUUCAUGAAGAUAGCAGACUGUGGUGGGAUGCCAUUGGAAGAACAGCCUGGGAAAACUUGUGAAGCUUUCCGUUUGUUUUUGCAAGGAAUGGGAUAUGUCCCGUCCUUGGUACAAAGCCACAGUACAGCAGCUGAGUGCAGUCAGCUCUACACACCACAGAUGAUGCAACCUAUGACCUGUUAAAAGCUUUCUUCAGUUGUUAAAGGGAGUUUGGUGUAGAUUCACUUGGGCUUAAUUUGUUGAUACUAUUGAUAAAGGGAGUUUGGUGUAGAUUCACUUGUGCUUAAUAUGUUAUUACUCAGGAGUAAAUGGACAUGAGAUAAUUUUUUUAAAUUUAACAAAACAUUUUUUUACUUUAGGUAUGAAACGUUAAGUGUGAAUAGAAGCUGUUCAUUGUAUUGAUUAGCAUUUGGCUUUUUGUCAUUCCUUGUUUGGCUUUCUUGUAAAGUCAGUUUUGAUUCAUAAUCAGCUGAAUGUUUAAAGAUGUCUUUCGAAGUAGGUAAUCCCAAGAUGAAGGGUGAUAAAACUUUUGACGUAAUUGACUUGAAAUAUAUCCUUCACAGUUGUGUGAAUCUGAGCACAUACUCACCAGAAAUAUUUGUGUAUUAUUGUCAUUCCUCACAUUUUAAUGUUCUUUUUAAUAUUUUUUAUUAAGGUUGGGCAACAAUACCUUAAUGAUAGUUAUUUUUUUCUUUUUUUUGUUAGGAAAUAAUACUUAGAGAUAAUCAAUUUUUUCCAUUAUUUAAGGUUGGAAAAUACCUUAUUGAUAGUUCAGUUUAUCUUAUUUAAGUCAGGAACAAAGUAUUAUCAGAUAAUUUAGUUUUCCUUUUUUAACAUUUACCAAGUUACUUUUAAGCUAAAAACCUAGAACUCAAUUGUGUUACACUAUUUACCUUCGUUGUACUUCUUUAAUUUUUCAGAUAGUGAAAAUAGUUUUUUGUUGCAGUCAUUAAAUAAUAGUUCAAGUUUACAAUUCAUGACAUUUUCUCUCCCCUUUUUAAAGACAUUUUAAACAUACUACUCACCAUUUUAAAUUUGAAUUUUAAAAAAUUGAACUUUUGACAAUUUCUAAAUAAAAUUUAAUAGAUGUGUUACUUCACCCAAAUCCUACUUUUUAAACCUUUUGGUCUAAAGCUUAAUGAACCCUGAAUUGAUUUUUGUCCAAUAAAACUGUAUUUGAAAUUUUUAAAUUAAUUUUUUUUUUAAUUUGAUGAUUGUCUUAAGGAAAAAUAGUUUUUAUUUUAUUUGAUUUAAAUAUAUUUUGUAUAUGAAUCAAUGUAAAAUAUCAACAUGAUUAAGUGACUGUUCGCUUGGGGCCAAGUAGAUAGAUGUAUCAUACAACUUGUCGUUAUCCAACUGGUUAUUUACAUGCUUGUUCUUAACCAACCAAAGCUGUAGCAAGUUCUUGUUUAAUUAUAUAGCCAGAGCUGUUGUGUAUCGUUAUCAUAUUUAUUUGAUAAUUUUUGACUUGCAUAAUGUUUUUAAUGAGAGUAACGCAAGCCCACACGCCAUACAUGCAUUGAAACAUUGUGUGGGGUGUCCAAACAGCAUUACAGUUUCAUUAUGAAAGUAUUUUAGGUCUACACUGAAAUUUUUUUUUUUUGGCCUGGUUGUUCAAAAGUGGGCAUUGUUUUUUUAGGUUAAAGGGAUUGUGAAUUAAAAAUUUGUCUAAUAUUAAAAUAAGAGUUUAAUAAUGCUCUUGUUCAUGUGCUCAAAAAAAAGGUGUGGAUCAAAUUAUUUUUUUAUUCCCAACUAUUUAAUAGAUUAGUCUGAAUAAUAAUAAACAAAAUCAAAUGUACAUAUCUUUUUGUUUCAGCUGAAACUGACAUUAUAGUUGCCUGUAUUGUAAUUGAUCAUGCAAUUUCCAUUCCAUUCUUUUUGUACAUGCAAUUAUUUGUUCUUUUAUUUUCAACUUUGCAUUUUCUUUAUUCCUCUCACAUUGGGGUAAACCAUAUUUUUUUAAUGCAAUGUUUGAAAUGUUUAAGUCCCAUUAUGUUUGUUUUUUCCUAUUUGUUUUCAUGGACAGCUCACAGCACAAUACCAUGUAGAUAGACAAUUUUUUUUUACCUAGACAUCACAGAAACACUGGCUGUUCAUUCUUGUCUUGUUCUCUAACUUUGGUAAAUUAACCAAGAGUUUUUAUUUUUUACCUUGUUGCGUGAUACACUUAAUUGACUGCUUCAUGCAUUUAACACUGAUAUGUUCAGUGUUUGAUUUGGCUUCAGUGUUUAUUGAUUUGCUGAUCUUGUUCUGCAUUCCUGGGGGGUAACUUAAAUUAUGCUAUACUGUGUACUUUAGGCUGUUAUAAAAAUAAAUGUCAGCUUUUUAGUUGAAUAAGUAUUUUGAUUAAGCAAAUUCCAUGUGAUAACUAGUUGUAGUUGAUCAUGACAUUUCAAAGUUAUCUGCUCUUGAUGCUAAAUAAAUAUAUCAAAAUAUCAA